GCAGCGGGUUCUCGCGUCGUACACCGAGUGUGCCGAGCAGAGUAUUACCGGCUCUAAUAGAAGCAUCUUCGUCGAGAGGCUAUAUUCUGCACACGGAGCCGUGCGAAAAUGUCCGUCAUCGGAAAGCCUAUCUUGUAUUCGUAUUGGAGGAGUUCGUGUUCGUGGCGAGUUCGAAUCGCUUUGAACCUCAAGGAGAUUCCGUAUGACAUAAAACCUAUCAGCUUGGUGAAAAAUGGUGGUGAACAGCAUAGCAAUGAAUUCCGCGAGAUCAAUCCGAUGGAACAGGUCCCGGCACUCCAUAUCGACAAUCAUACAUUAAUUGAAUCUCUAAAUAUUUUACUGUACUUGGAGGAGACGAGACCGCAUCGUCCGUUAAUGCCAGUAGAUCCGGUGAAAAGAGCCAGAGUCAGGGAAAUUUGCGAGGUGAUCGCAUCUGGAAUCCAACCUCUACAGAACCUCAUUGUUCUCAUUUACGUCGGAGAGGAGCGCAAGAAAGAGUGGGCGCAACACUGGAUUACUCGAGGCUUAAAGGCGGUGGAAAAGCUGCUGUCAGCGAGCGCCGGCAAGUACUGCGUGGGCGACGAGAUUACGCUAGCCGACUGCUGCCUGGUGCCGCAGAUAUUCAACGCGCGAAGGUUUCACGUCGACCUGAGACCGUUUCCCACCAUCUUGAGAGUCGAUCGUCACCUAGAGAACCACCCGGCUUUCACCGCGGCUCACCCCAAUAACCAGCCCGACUGUCCACCCGAGGCUACUAAAUAGCAAGCAAGACAGACCACCCUGUUUCUAUUCUAAGAGAAAACGGGCUGGUCUCAGACUGGGCUUAUCGUGACCCAUGCCUCUUAUUUUUUUAUUAUUAAAAUUUUUAUUUUAAUCAGUGUUUUAGUCCGAAUUGUUGGUUAGGGGAUGUCGAAGCUACAUUUAUAUAAAGAUGACUUAGUUUUAUUUAAGUUUGUUGUUUUUAUUCGAUUAUCAUUGUGGUAGAUCAAAAUUGGACGAUUUUUUUUCUUUUUAAUUUAUUAAUCUAUAUUGCAAAUAGGUCCUGUUAUUUCAAAUUCAGAAUUUACUUUUUUACAAUUAUUGUAUACACGAUGAUCUUUCGCGAAUAGGAAGAAGAUCACAUUUCUGUGAACGUUAUUUUUUGCAAAGAAAGAAAACUGAAAGUGAGUAAUCGUUACACACAACAAUAAUACAUAGCGUGUCUACUGACAAAAGACAGAACGCGAUAACACAAACAUGCUGUUCUUAAACCAUGCGAUGAUAUUCAACGGAUAAUAAAGAGUACAAAACAAAUUGGGUUUUACAUCAUAAUAGCGAUGUAGUUCACUAUACUUCCGACGAUAAUAAAAGAAAGAAAUAUUUUCAACUGAUUAUAAAAAAUGAAAGAGUUUUAUGCGUAAAUCUAAGAUAAAUGCAAAGUAUAUACGUUGACACACAUUACAAUUUCAUCGAUUAUCCCUUUGUUUGCGCACAAAUGCUUAUAAUUCCAAUCCUAAAAGAUGCAAUUUCGAUUUAGGACUUUCAAUGUCAAAUCAAAUUUCAUGAAACACAGUCACUACGUAUUGUACGCGAUUGCUAUUUUCAACCAACGAUAAUACAUUGCAGCAGUCUAUUAUAUAGUCUUGCGUUAGCAUAUAGUACCCGUCAAGUCGUAACUUAUAUAACAGUCAUGCGAUAUCAUUGCCAAGCAAAUCAUGAAUUAAUAUUUUCCUACUAUUCAGAUUUUGUUCCACUUACGACUGCGUCUAGUGAAACUCGUAAUAGAAUCUAUUAGUAAGGACAAAAUAAAAAACUAACAACUACUGACAAACGAUAUUUUGUAUGUUAGUGUAAGAUAUAGAAUUCGCAUAUGCCUACUUGAAGAACUUCCAGAUCGAUCCUGCUCAAUUUUGUGUAUUUUUCAAAGAAACUAUACUCGCAUAGAAAGACAUUAUUUUUUCUGAGCUAGUUUUAUACAAAGUAACUGUUUUCCAGUACAUUCUUAAACAAAAAACUGUGGUAUCAAACUAAAAGCGAAGCAUAGACUGCUAUCUGUAAUGGCUUAACAAAAGAAUAAGCCAUUUUUCAGAUUAUCGAAGCGAUAGCUAUAACGUAAGUAGAUUUUAUAGAUAGAAAUGAUCCGAAUGAUGAUUUACGAGGAUGCGCAAGAAUACGUUCUAAGGAAUUACGAGUAAGCUUGUACCAUAAAAAUAUAAGUUAGCUACGAAUAUACUUACAAGUUUAAAUGCAGUACGUUUUUAUAAGCAUAGAUAGACAUAUAGAUAUUUUAUAAGUGAAAGUGAUCGUGUAUGUUUAUUGCUUAGAGGAAAUAAUAAAUUUUGUGUCAUACUACAGUGCCAAUUCAUUAAAA